AUGAAUGUGACGAUUGUAAAUGCAAAUAGUGCUAUCAAAUGGUACAGAGUACACAUUCAACGAGUCCUCACUCCUUCUAUAUAUACCUUGAGUGGUUCCGUCACUAUCGUAAGUAGCCGUAUACAGUAUCGGCAUACUUAUCGCGAAAAAGACAGAACAAGAAUGGUCGUCGUCGCGGUCGUUGACCCGCGCGAUAUUUCACCGGUUAUCGUCUCGCGAGUCAUGCCCUUUCACUGCACAUCCGGUCGGGAGAGGGCCGCUUCACCUCACACUUCACUUCUCUCCAGUGUGUCUGUGGAUACUUACACGUCAGGAACUGGUUCUAAAGGGACGCCACUUUGUGCGAAAUAA